GACUCGUACUCGUUUAUCGACUUCAGGUAGCUGCCAGAUGAUCUUUUUUUCAACAGUGCCGUGACACGCACGUUUCACGACGCAGAUAAAACAGUGACACUGAAACACACUCGUACUCCAAAUGGCUAUGCUGGUGAAGGAUGUACAUCUACCCACUUCACCAACGCAAGAACUGAAUUUGCCAAAACACAAGGAGUACUUGGCAAGCUAUGGGACGAAAAAAGAUGAUUACGAGUACUGCAUCACGGAGCAUCUGCGAAUGAGCGGCAUCUACUGGGGCCUGACAGCCAUGGACCUAAUGGGUUCCCUGGACUCCUUCGAUAGGGCAGAGAUAAUUGAAUUUGUAAAACAGUGCCAGUAUUCCUGCGGGGGCUUUGGGGCCAGCAUUCAUCACGACCCUCACCUGCUGUACACAUUGAGUGCGGUUCAGAUAUUAGCAACGUUUGAUGCGCUGAAUACAAUUGACAUUGACAAAACCGUCAGCUAUGUCAAGGAACUUCAGCAGGAAGAUGGAAGUUUUUAUGGUGACAAAUGGGGUGAAGUUGACACUAGGUUUUCUUUCUGUGCUGUAGCGUGUCUAGCGCUUCUGAACAAACUUCACGCUAUCAACAUAGAAAAGGCAGUUGAGUUUGUAGUGUCCUGCAUGAACUUUGACGGUGGUUUUGGCUGCAGACCAGGCUCAGAAACGCAUUCAGGACAGAUAUAUUGUUGCCUUGGAACCCUGUCCAUACUUGGUCGGCUUCACCAUAUUAAUGCAGACCUCCUUGGUUGGUGGUUAUGUGAAAGGCAACUUCCAUCUGGAGGUCUCAAUGGUCGACCUGAAAAGCUCCCAGAUGUGUGCUAUUCCUGGUGGGUGCUUGCUUCAUUGAAGAUCAUUGGUAGGCUGCAUUGGAUAGACAAGGAGAAACUUCAGAACUUCAUACUUGCAUCUCAGGAUGAAGAAACUGGAGGCUUUGGGGACCGACCAGGAGACAUGGUGGAUCCAUUCCAUACAUUGUUUGGCUUGGCUGGUCUGUCUUUGCUAGGAGAUGAGAGACUCAAGCCUGUGAACCCAGUCUUCUGCAUGUCCGAAGAGGUUGUAGCAAGGCUGGGUGUGAGACACCAACUGUUAUCCUUGUGAUAUAGAUUCGGUUACUCGCGUUACCAAGUCAUUUUAGAUUUCGUUGUAGUAAGUCAUUCAUGUCCAUGUUGCUGUUGUUAAGACCCAACGAGGAAAAUGCAUUGCGUAAUGCAUUGCCUAUUGGGUGAAGAAAGUUGAUGUGGUUGUUGUACUGAUGCAUGGAGCUUUUUUUUUCCUUGCAGAAAUCAUUGAUUGCUCCUUGUCAUUUUAUUAGGGCAAUAUAGAUUUCACUUAUUGUGCAUAUCAUUUUUGUCAUAUUAGUGGAAAUUUAAU